AUGACGGAAAAUAUUGAAAAUUUUCACAUAAACAUCUCAACAAAACCCCCGAACCUCGCUGAUACCCUAUCUCGUAUCAAACUAAAGGCAUUAGAUUCCAACGAUGACACUGAUUCGAUGCAAGUAAACAUAGACGAUACAGACAAAAACCUUAAAAACUAUGUAGAGAGCUUGACCGAGCUUAAUAAACCAAAUGAGAACUCCGAUACAAUAACUGCGUCUGAACUAUCAGCUACUCUUUCAGCAUCUGAUCCAAUAGAUAUUACAGAAUAA